AUGCCCACCCACCUAGCCGCCCUCCUCCCCUCCAAAUCCACCCCUCUCACCCUAACCACCCGCCCAACCCCCACCCCAGGCCCCAACGACCUCCUCAUAGCCGUCAAAUCCAUCGCCCUAAACCCAGCAGACACCAUCAUGCGCGACACAGGCCUCUUCAUCCCAUCAUAUCCCACCGUCAUUGGCUUCGACUUAUCAGGUCUAGUCCUCGACGUCGGCACCAACGUCCCCAAACAUUUCCAUCCAGGGAUCACCCGCAUCGCCGCCUACUCCGCCUCGGUUUGGAAGGGCUGCGAUCCGGACUAUGGCGCUUUUCAGGAGAAGUGCCUUGUUCCGUGGCAGCAUGUUGUGCCGCUUCCGGACGAGGGGGUGAUGAUCUCCUGGAAUGAGGCGGCUAUGUUGCCUGUUGCUGUGCAGGUGGCGCUCAACGCGUGGGAGAUGAUGGGGUUGCAGCUGGUGUGUGAUACGCAGACCAGUGAUGGGAUUAAGGGCCAGAUGGGGAAGAAGAGAGAGGUACUGUUCGUCUGGGGCGCAUCCUCUAGCGUUGGAUCGAUGGGUGUGCAAGUUGCCCGGGUACUUCGGGAUCAGCCUGGUUCUUCGAUUGCUGCUGUGUAUGCUACUGCUGGGGCGGCGAAUUAUGAGUAUGUGCGGUCGUUGGGUGCGGAUCGUGUGUUUGAUCAUAGGGAUCCGAAUGUUGUGGAUGAAAUUGUUAAGACGGCUAAAGAGGAUGGUUGUGUGAUUCGGUUUUGUUUUCUUGCGGUAGGGGACGUGCGGAUGUGUCAGGCUGUGGUUAGGUCUUUUGUGGGGGCUGCUGAUGGGGAUGGGGAUGUGAAGGCGAAGAUUGCAUCCGCGCCGGUUGUUCCUUCUGAAGUGGACGUGGUGGAUGGGGUGGAAGUCAUCUUUGUGGUGCCGGCGAUGGAUGAUGAGGAGAAGAGGUUGGAUCAGUUUCGGUAUUGGAUGGGGACGUGGGCGAGAGAUAAUCUGGCUAAUGAGUAUAUCAGGCCGAGUCCGGAGCUAAGGGUUGUUGGGAGGGGGUUGCAGGCUGUUAAUGAUGGGUUGGAUGAGUUGAGUCGAGGGGUGAGUUGUACUAAGUUGGUUGUUGAGGUCGCGGAGUGA